AUGACACAUCUGUCUGACAACUGACAUGGUCACUGAGGCAACACUACUUUUCUUAUUAGACCCGGGACAACGAGCUGAGAUGAGUCACAGAAGAAGAAGCGUAACACUGAACUGAAAAAAAUGGGUUUCUCUGCUGUGAUUCGAGUAGCCAAAAGACUGGCCUCACUCUCUUACUCUUCAUCACCAUUCUCUUCAUCACCAUCUGCCAAUGGCGUCAACACCAUGCGCGGUGCCGUGUUCUGGGAAGCCAACAAGCCCCUCACCAUGGAACAAUUCCAAAUCCCCAGACCCAAAGCCAACGAAAUCCUCAUCAAGACCAAAGCUUGCGGAGUUUGCCACUCUGAUCUCCAUGUCAUGAAAGGGGAUUUCACCUUUCAUAACCCUUGUGUUGUGGGGCAUGAGAUAACUGGUGAGAUUCUCCAACAUGGACCCCAAACUGACUCCAAAAUCAUUCGAAGAUUUCCAAUUGGGUCUCGUGUUGUUGGAGCAUUCAUCAUGCCUUGUGGUAAUUGUCACAGCUGUGCCAAGGGCCAUGAUGAUUUAUGUGAAGAUUUCUCUGCUUACAACCGUGCAAAAGGAACCCUUUACGAUGGUGAGACUAGGCUGUUCCUUCAGGACUCUGGACGACCAGUGUUCAUGUACUGUAUGGGUGGGCUUGCCGAGAUGUGUGUUGUGCCAGCCCAUGGAUUGUCCCUUUUACCAGAAUCAUUGCCCUAUACAGAGUCUGCAAUUUUAGGGUGUGCGGUGUUUACUGCUUAUGGUGCAAUGGCUCAUGCAGCCGAAGUUCGUCCUGGGGAUUCUGUUGUUGUUAUUGGAAUGGGUGGUGUUGGCUCAAGUUGUUUGCAGAUAGCAAGAGCAUUUGGUGCAUCUGAUAUUAUAGCAGUGGAUGUUGAAGAUGGAAAACUGCAAAAGGCCAAGACAUUUGGUGCAACUCAUACUGUAAAUGCAAUGAAGGAAGAUGCUGUUGACAAGAUAAGAGAAAUCACAGGAGGAAAGGGUGUGGACAUUGCGGUCGAAGCGCUGGGAAAGCCUCAGACAUUCAUGCAGUGUUUUAAGAGUGUGAAAGACGGAGGGAAGGCGGUGAUGAUUGGACUUGCACAGGCCGGUGCUUUCGGGGAAGUAGAUAUAAAUCAUCUCGUUCGCAGAAAGAUAAAAGUGAUUGGAUCAUAUGGAGGGAGGGCAAGGGAGGAUCUUCCAAAGUUGGUGAGAUUGGCAGAGACAGGAGUUUUCAAUCUCAAGGAUGCUGUUUCCAAAGUGUAUAAAUUUGAGGAGGUUGGCAAGGCAUAUGAAGAACUCAACAAGGGGGCCAUUGUUGGCCGAGCUGUGAUUGAGAUUAUGUAACUUUCUGUCUUUAUAACUCUGUUUUGUGUGAUCAGGAGAAGAAUAAAGUUGACACUGCUCGCUUGGAGGACACUUGCAUUUGUCUAUAUAGCAUCUAUUUUUUUUUAA